CCUAGGUCACAUAGCCCGGCCGGUGUCCGGCAUCGGUGGAGCUCGGUGGAUUUUUGAGGUGUCGCCGAGCUCCCCUCAUCGGUGGCAUAGCUCGGUGACGUGACCGGGCUCCGUCCGGAAAUCUACAGGCGACCGACCAAACACCGGCCGAUGACCGUCCGGAGUCUGUCUCAAAAGUGGAGAUUUUUUUCGGCCGAUGUGGCAGCAACUACCGGCCGAUGUCCGGCCGAUGGUCGGCCGGACAUCGGGGGGUAUACGGCCGGUACCCGAGCAGGUUAAAGGACACCGUGCGAUCACCGGCCGGGUUGUUAACGGGCUUCGAACACUGCCCGGCCGAUGUUCGGCCGGUGUACCUCGGACUUGGGGGGCCGAUGGUCAGCUAUUCCAUACCUGUAUAUAUAUGUCCACCCUACCUGGAAUGGUCAGUUCAUCACUAUGGCUGCACCGAGAAGACUACGAAUGGCGUUGUUAGAACACGAGCUAGCUCAGGCGAGGUUCCAGUACAACUUGGUCCUGGCAGCACUGCUCGAAGAAGCCGAGAGGGAGCGACAGAGGGCCGGCAGAAGAAUAAGACGUUGGUGGGUGCGCGAGUGGAUCCUACGCAGACCUCGUUUCGGCCAGUAUGAGACGCUCAUGAGGGAACUCGAGGCCGAGCACGCUGCCGACUUCAAAUCCUACCUCCGCAUGGUGCCACAGAUGUUCUAUGAGUUGCUUGACCGAGUUGGCCCCCGCAUUGCCAAGACCACAACGCAUCGAACCCCCUUGGAUCCUGGGCUGAAGCUGGCGAUCACCUUGAGGUUCUUGGCGACCGGAAGCAGCUAUCAUGAUCUGGCGUUCGCGUUUCGUGUCCCACACAACACCAUCUCUCUGUUCGUCCCCGAGGUCUGUCAGGCCAUCUACGACGAAUACGAGGACGAGAUGUGGGCCACUCCCCAGACAGAAGAUGAGUGGCGCCCGGUAGCCGAGGGAUUCGGAGACAGAUGGAACUUUCCCCACUGUUGUGGCGCGAUCGAUGGGAAACAUGUCGCCAUCAAGAAGCCCCCCAAGAGCGGCUCACUUUACUACAACUACAAAGGCUUCUUUUCCAUCGUCAUGCUUGCAGUGGUAAACUCUGACUACAAGUUCAUCUGGGCGGAUGUGGGGUCACCAGGGUCGUAUUCCGACGCCGGCAUCUUUAACCGGUCGCGACUGGAGCCAGGUCUGCGUGAGGGAACGAUCGGACUACCCCAGCCGGAUCCCCUACCAAAUGACGACCAGGACACACCCUACUACAUGGUCGGAGACGACGCCUUCCCCUACGGCCAUACAUGA